CAGCUUAUAAAUUACAGCGCAUCCUCUGCACUCUGACAGAACCUGCGGUUGUUGACUGCCGCUCAGACCACAUCAUUCUCGAUCAUCAAAGACUCACCCGUCACAAAGAUCAGUAGCAACAGAAAUGUUCAGCAGCUGUUCAGACGGCCACCCCUCAGGGUAUGACCUCGGGCCCCAGCCGGGGGACCAGGGGCAUCAUGGUGGAGGUCAUGGCGAUAAAGACGAUCAUCAAAAGGAUGCAGGAGGGAAGAGACACAGCUCUGACCAUGACCGCAAGGACCAAGGCAGCCCUGACCGUGACCGAAGGGACCGAGGAAGCCCUGACCGUGACCGAAGGGACCGAGGGAGCCCUGACCGUGACCGAAGGGACCGAGGAAGCCCUGACCGUGACCGAAGGGACCGAGGGAGCCCUGACCGUGACCGAAGGGACCGAGGGAGCCCUGACCCUGACCGAAGGGACCGAGGGAGCCCUGACCGUGACCGAAGGGACCGAGGAAGCCCUGACCGUGACCGAAGGGACCGAGGAAGCCCUGACCGUGACCGAAGGGACCGCCGUAGCCCUGACCGUGACCGAAGGGACCGAGGAAGCCCUGACCGUGACCGAUGUGGCAGCAGGGACCGCCGUAGCCCUGACCGUGACCGAAGGGACCGAGGCAGCCCUGACCGUGAUCAUCGGCGCCGUCGUGGGAGUGGUGGUGGAAGCCCUGGUCACGAUGGUGGCAGUGGCGGCAGUGAUAGCGGCACUGGCAGUGGCAGUGGCACCGGUAGUGAGGACGAUGGCCACCCGGGAAAACAUGGCCGCAAACACAGGCACAAACAUGGCCGCAAGCAUGGCCGUGGUCAUGGCAAAAAGCAUGGCCACGGUCAUGGCCAUGGUCACGGCUGCUAGAGGAGAGGUGAACCCAGGAACCACUUUAAUGACGAAAACUGGUGUGUCAACCUGUCUUCAGCUUUGAACUUCAGCCAAAGCAGCUGAGAAGACGCUGCAGGGAAAAUAACUACCAGAAAUGAAAUAAUUAACCCACUGCACUGCAUUGGCAAUGGUGCAGAAAGUACAAAGAAAAUGGUUAAAUGAAAUAAAAUACUCUGAAGACAAA